UGCACGAUACAAAGAUAUUUUACAUAACAAUACAUCCUUAGUAACUAAAGACGCUUUUCUUACAAUUAUUUAAAAAAAAUGUCAUCUCAAGAUUCAACUAUAAUAAUGGCGAAAGAAGCACGUGCUCUGUACGAACUUAAAGAGAAAGCUGCAAAAUAUUACAGAGAAAAUGGCGUCCCUCAAAAAAUGGAGGAAAUUAUGAAUUCCAUGUUUUAUGACAAUCCAGUCGAUAUUUACGGGCACUUGGCAGACUAUUUUCAAAGCUUUGCAAAGAGUCCCAGCAUUACACAAAUCAAGGCUAGAAAAGCACUUGAUGGUAAGGGACAGACAACUCUACAAACAGAUGUGUUUUGCACAGUCAACAACAAAAGCAAGAUGAUGAGCUCCACUGUGAGCUCUUCAGUGAAUCCCAGCCUCCCUGAAACUACCAAGCCAGAGGAGAUGGAAGAGGAGGCAAAUGAACGCGAGAAAAAUGUGCAGGCUGCCUUGCAGAUCAUAAACUCUGAAUUGUGUGCAAGAUUGAAAGACAGGGAACCAAAUAACCAGGAGGAACUUGAUAAAAUCGUAUGUGGUUACAUAGAGGAGCUGAAGGAAGCAGAGGAAGAGAGGCUAGCUCGGGAGGCAGAGGACAAUGCCGCUGGAGAGGCUGUCGACCCUGAUGGAAAAACUCCCGGAAGCGGUGCUGCCAAGUCGGAGAAACCAAAGUCUGGAAAAGGAAAAGGUGGGAAGGGAGGACCACCGGUGGUCAUAGUUCCUGAUGAACCCAAAGAGAAGCUGGUGGAGGGAAGUGCAUGCGUCAGCGCGGUCAGCCAGGCCUUGUGUGUGGCAGGAGCCUGCGCCAUGGGAACAGAGCUGUAUGAGUACAUCGCGCAGCUUAGAUUUGGCCAGGCUCCAAAGCAGUACAGGAUGCCGUUGCCGAUGGUAACUAUCUUCCAGAGCGGCCGUUCAGCCCCUGGCAAGGCCAACGCUAUCAAGGAGUACAUGGUGGUCCCAGCCCCUGGCAAACCACUCAGUGAGAGCAUUCCAAAGAUAGUGGCUGUCUACAACGAUAUCAUCAAAGCCAUCAUGGGCAAAAAUGGGGCACAGGAUGUAGUUGAGGAGAUGAUACAGAUCAAGAAUGUGACGGACAUUGGAGCGCUGAUGAUGCCGUUCGACAGACCAGAGCAGGGGUUGGACAUGAUCCUGGAGUCUAUGGGCAGACUGGGUUUCACACCUGGUGAGGACCUCUACUUGGCACUCAACCUGGCUGGGCACGAGUACUUUGAUUAUGAAAAGGGAAAGUAUGAGGUUGUGACUGGACAGCAGAAGGUGGCAGAGGACUUGGUGGAGUACUGGGCAGACAUCCUCACCAGGUAUCCAGCCAUCAUUGCCAUCAUAGACCCCAUGAGGAAACAGGAAGACCGUCAAUGGAUGCUGCUGUGUGAGAGACUCUCAGAGAAAUGCUACAUCCUCGGUGACCGGGUCUGGCAUCGGCCUGGGCUGCUGAAAGAUGAGGAGCCAAAGGACACCUUCAAGAGCUCGGGGACCGUGUACAGGCUGGAGCAGAUGAACACAGUCACUGACAUUCUUCAGUGUGCGCAGCUCAUGGAAGGAGAAAACAACAUAACAGUAUUGUCUACAAAUAUUGGGGAAACAUCUGACACUUUUCUUGCAGAUAUGGCAGUAGGGAUGAGCGCACACUUCCUCAAGCUUGGAGCCCCAUGUCGCGGUGAACGUGUCUCCAAACUCAACCGACUGCUGGCCAUCGAGCAGACCCUGCAGGAUGGAGGCCAGGUUUCACUGCAGUCUGAGUUUGUCUUCCCUGCAAUCAAGAUCCCGCCCCCGCCAGAGACGGAUAACGCCGAGCCGGAAGAGGUUCCCACACCCAAAGAGACGCCCAAAAAGAAGUAGCGCAGAUGUUGUGAUAAUGCAGAGAAUGAUGGAACAAUUGUGAAAAAAAGAUACUUCGGACACCACAAGUGAUAUAAUUUAGUAUUGCUAAUUUUGUUGGAAGAUUCAAAUGCUUGUGUAAGAUCAGGAAUAACAAGUAACACAUAGGUAUAUAAAUGGAUAAAACAUCAAAUUAAGGACCAUUGAAAGAGUUCUUUAAUAUAGAAUAAAUCAAUAAAAAAGCACUACAAAUACCGGUAAUUGUCUUACUGGUGUAUUCAUGAAAAUAUAAAAAUAUAAACUGCUAUUGUAACUCAAUGGUGUAAGAAUACUUAUCAAGCUAGUAAAUUACAUGUUUCAUAGAUCAAUUUCUGCUUAACAGAUUUUUAAAGCACCUUUCAAAUGUUGAAAACGGAAUGUGAAAAUGAUAAAUUAAUGGUUUAAUAAUAUUAUAACACCAAAGUGUAAAAUUCAACUUAAAUAUGUGCAUGGAGGCAAAAAAUGUUUACUAGAAUGGAAUUUCCUGUAUAAAUUCUAUGACAAUAGUAUAACAAAUGAACAACACAAUUUUUGCUAAUAUACUGUUUGUCAUGAAACAAAAAUAUUAUUAUCAUUCAAGCAUGGCAUUUAACAUUACUGUAACAACUGUACAGCCUUGUAACAGAGAAGUAUUUGGGCUUUCUUUUACGUCUAAAAGGAUGACAGAGAUCUAUGGAUGAUUUAGAUACAUUUUUUGAGAUGUUUGAACUAAUGUCAUACAUAUAGUCAUGUUAUUAAAUCUGAAGUCAGUAUGAAACAUAUGAACAGAUGAUUUAGAUAUAUUUUUAUGUGAUGUUUGAACUAAUGUCUGUAAAUAUAAUGAUAUAUAUUUGAGAAUGUGUGAUUUAUCUGUGAUACAUAGUUUUUUCUCAUUAAAAUAUGUUUUAAUGAUGAUGCUUUGUAAUAUUUUCAUCGACUUAGGUGCUAUGUUACAUUGGUAAGGCUUGGGCAUGAUAAAAGUGUUGGACAAUUUUUAUAUUUUUUUUUUUUGAGGGGGGGGGGGGUUGUCAUUGACAACAAAUUAACAUUAAUUUAUUGUUGUUUAUAAAGUACGUAUUGGGUGUCUAUUCAUUCUAUCCCUUGUGCUGUCAUUAAGUUUUUGGUAAUUAUAGCGAGUUUCCGAACUUAAAAAUAAAUGGAUUAUCAAACAGUUG